AUGUGCCGAUUGCUCUUCAGUACUUAUUCCGACGGGCCAGCAAUGGUACUAUCUCCACCAUACCUGCACAAUGCCGACAACAUCCUCGCCAACAACCCUACCAGCGUCCCGCCUAGCCGUCCCCAGUUCCCCAAUCCUGGUUCCGUCUCUACUUCUGUGAAUGGCAUCCAAUCAGGACCUCCCCGGUCUUCCAUCAGUCGCUCCGGUCUCUCAAUGUCGGGCUCAUCUUCGACGCCUCUGUCUGCCAACCCAUCACGAAAACGAUCCCACGACGAAUUCAACGCGUCCAACGACGAUGACGCCAGCAAACCCUCUACAGCCCAGCAGCCGCCUUUUCGCAGCCAAACUCCAGAAGAGCCGAUCUAUGGAGAAGGCAUGGUCCUUUUGAAUCCCCGUACCGGCCUUGCUCUGUCGGCUGAGAGUCAGACCGGCACCUGGUUUGAAGAAAAAGCUGAAGCCGAAGCCUCCGCCGCUCCCCCUGUUGCCGUCGCGUCUGGCUCGGGUCAACCGGGCCUCCCCAGCCGCAAAUCCCAACGCCUCGACUCUUCCGCCUCUGGCUGGGAUGAUAUCGCUGCUGCUUCUAUCCAUCGCAAACUCCAAUCUUCAUCCCACAACGACACCUACCGAAAUAUCAGCAGCGCCGGCUCCACCUCCACAUCGACCUCUGGUCCACAAACACCCCUAGUUGAUGAUGCAACUCGCCUCCUUGGAAUAAGCUGGCAGCGGGUGAGCACCGAAGACAAAGACAUGGCGGCAGCAGUUCGUGGUUGGGAGAGGUACAUCAACAACCACUUCGCGCCCUUCCUCCAGAACGCUCAGAUCUUGCUUAAACACCGAGGCCUCAACGCGUAUCUUGUCACUGCCAACCCAGUCAACAACUACGGCAUGGCAAUCUGCGACAUGCCUAUGAACGGAUUCAGCAGCAGCGCCAACCAACCCUGCUUCUACCUUUUCACGGAAGACCUCACCGAGGGCCAACUUGUCGGCAAGAACUGGGAGUCCUGCCUCCACAACUUGCAAUCCACUCCCAUCGCCUUUGAGGCGGGCUCAGAAGUCAUGAGAGCGGCAGAACGGACACCAGAGCGACUGCUUGGAGACCAGGGAAUACUGAACGGAACCAUUUACAUGAAUGGAAACGGAAUCAAGAUGGGGAACGAGGGAAUGGAAAUGGCCAUGGAAAUCGAUCGAUAAAUCUCAGCACCGACGAAAGCGACGACAUAGAGCGUAUCCGCCGUAUUAUUAAUCCAUGCAGCAAGAAAAGCAAAAGAAAAAGCCCAAAAAAAACAAAACUACCGUCGCGUCUGUGUCUUUGCUCGCUGCUUUUUAUUUCAGUUUCUAAUCUUGCUUUUCAGGUUUGCGUUUCUCUUUUAACUUCCUUUUCGUUUCUCUUUUCUUUUUUCUUUCCUCUUUGCUUGCCAUUUCAGUUAUUUUCUAGAUGUUAUUUAUCACAUAUUAUCUGAAAAACAUUACCAUUGGCAAUAUUAUUACUGUAAAGUUUGAUCACCUUGGAACGGCCUUGAUUGUCUCCGUGUCGCUUACUUUUCGGCUGUUGUCGCUUUUCGCUGUCGACGUGUAAAUGGAUUUAUUG